AUGAUCUCCGCCAUAGAACCCAAAAAUCUACUCCGGCCCCAUAGCCAGCCCGUUGUUACGACCAGCACGUUACAGCCUGAUGACGAAUGCAACAUCGAGCUCAGGAUUGAAGACACAACCGUUGACAAGUAUCCUGCAAAACAACAUGCACGAAGGGUUGCUGCUGAAAUCCACAGGGACAGGGGGCUUGUUUAUCUAAUGGGCCAGAAAUCUACAUUAUACGAAGACUCCGACCAGGAAAGGACGUUUCGACAACGGCGCUACUUUUUUUAUAUGUCGGGUGUAGAUGAGCCAGAUUGCGAUCUCACUUAUGAUAUAAACGCCGAUAAAUUGACUUUAUAUGUCCCCGACUUUGAUUUGAAACGGACCAUCUGGAUGGGACCGACCCUUGGGCGAGAAGAAGCGUUACAAAGAUUUGAUAUCGACGAGGUUAAAUACCAAUCCUCUCUGGAUGAAGAUGUUAAGCAAUGGGCUCAGAACCAGGGCCGUGGCUCCACACUGUACCUUCUUCACGAAUCACAAAAGCCUGCAGAGAAGGUUCCCAAUGUCUUCAUCGAUAGCAAAACGCUCAAACAUGCUAUGGACACAUCUCGAGCUAUAAAAGAUGAGCAUGAGAUUGGGCUCAUCCGGCGUGCUAAUGAAGUAUCUGCGGCUGCUCAUAUAGAUGUUCUCCGCGGAAUAAGGAAAAUGAGCAAUGAGCGUGACAUAGAGGCUAGUUUUUUGAAUACGAGCGUUUCGCUAGGAGCGCAUAAGCAGGCGUACCACAUAAUUGCCGCGUCUGGCUCGAAUGCGGCUACGCUUCAUUACUCGAAGAAUAACGAACCCCUCAAGGGCCGCCAGUUUGUCUGUCUCGAUGCUGGCGCUGAGUGGAACUGUUACGCAAGCGAUGUGACGCGUACCUUCCCAAUGACUAGUCAAUGGCCAAGCGCUGAAGCCAAACAUAUAUACAAAUUGGUUGAGCAUAUGCAAGAAAGCUGCAUCGUACGCGUCAAAGAGGGGGUCAGAUAUCUAGACCUUCACAUCCUAGCGCACCGCAGUCUUAUUCGAGGAUUCCUUACCCUUGGUAUAUUUAAGGGCGGCACGCUUGAAGAGAUCCAGAAUUCUGGUGCAUCCAACCUCUUUUUCCCCCAUGGUCUUGGACAUCAUAUUGGUCUUGAAGUGCACGAUGUUUCGCCGGAAUCCAUAAUGGCACAAGAUAACGGUGAUUAUUCCGACAAUGUGUUGAUUUCACCUAACAACCUAUCGCCGUGCACCACAUCAUCGCCGACUUUAAAAUCCGGAAUGGUAGUUACAAUCGAGCCGGGGAUCUACUUUUCUCAGAUCGCUCUGGACAACGCGAAACCGGAACAACUCAAGUAUGUCGAUUUGGAGCUCGUCAAAACUUAUAUGCCGGUCGGAGGUGUGCGGAUUGAAGACGACAUUUUGGUGACAAAGACAGGUUAUGAAAAUUUGACGACGGCUCCAAAAGGAGAUGGCAUGUUAGAGAUUAUUCGACAGGGAGAUGGCUCAUGCAACAUAUAG